AUGGAUAAGCGGAUAGACCUUUUCGGAUUUGAUAUUUCUUUUCUUCCGAAAUGGGCUAUCCUCUUACUCGGAAUAAUCGGCAUAUUUGCGUCGUUUAUUCUUCAAGGCUAUUCUCACGAAGCCAUAUUCGGCAAAUUUAAAAUGAAAGAGGCUCUUUUCUUAACAUUUGUUCAGUUCUUCGUAUAUUCUUCGAUAUCAUUCAAGUUUUUUAUUGAUUUGGCCCGAAAAAAGACAAUCCUUCAUGCGCCAUUCUGGUUUUACCUUAUUACAGCUUUUGCACUUGUUGGAUCGAUGGCCUUAUCAAAUUACUCGUUGGAAAGAAUCAGUUAUCCAACACAAGUCCUUUUCAGAUCUUCAAAAUUAAUCCCAGUCAUGCUUGGAAGCUACUUUUUCCUCCGAAAACGCUACAGUCAUAUGGAAGUCAUCUCAGUCUUCUUAACUGUUGCAGGUUUAGUCGGAAUUUCAAUGAGUGACAAAAAGGUUAAUAAUAAAUUAAACCCUAUAGGCCUAGUAGCAGUAAUUUCAUCCUUGUUUUGUGAUGCCUUUGCAUCAAACUUAGAAGAAAAAGCCUUUGCUACGUACCAAGCCCCACAAAAUGAAGUCAUUGCAAUGGUCUACUUGAUCGGAUCAAUAAUCAUUGGUAUUGCAUCAAUACCAGUCGGACAGUUUACAUCUGGCAUGAAGAGAGUGAUGACAGAACCAGUUUUGGACAUUCAAAUUUUACUUUUUUCUUCAUUGGGUGCUGUUGGCAUCCAGUUCAUCUAUUUACUGAUUAACACUUUCGGAUCUGUUGUUACUGUUAUGGUUACUUCCUUAAGAAAAGCAUUUACAGUUUGUUUAUCAUUUUUAUUCUUUUCUGACAAGAAAUUUACCAGAUACCACUUGAUGUCCAUUAUAUGUAUCAGUUUUGGUAUAGGAAUGAACAUUUACGGAAAGCAGAAAUCGAAGAGCGCAAGAAGAUUAUCAGAUUUACCGGACAAGUCAAAAUAUGUGAAGCAGGAAGAUGUUCCAGAUAAUGUUGAUAUAGGAGCAUUAGCUGAGAAAAGAGAAGAUGUCAAAUUUGCAUAA